AUGGUAACCACAAUGUCAAACAUCCAAGACCAAUUGGAGAAUAUCCCUGGCUAUGGGAUUGCCAUGGACUACUUCAACGACUAUGCAGAGGAGCAUUGGAAUUCUAAAGAUCCAUAUUAUGAUGAAAAAACAGGUAAAAGACUUCAGCUUCCACCGGACAUAACUACGAAAGAGGAGCAGAAAGCGUGGAAGUCGAUACAAUCGAAAGCUUGGGUCCACGACAAGUGUCUAUGUGGCUCAUGUGGUGUGGGGAUGGACUGCGGUGUAGGACUUGUUCCAUUCGUUGUCCUCUUUUUCCCUGUGCUUGGUCCCUUGGUAAUGUAUGCUUUGCACUCGAGAAUAAUCGAAAUGGCCCAGAAACAAUUCCACAUUCCGCAGAAGGAAAUUGCAAAAAUGCAAUCGAAUAUCGGGAUAGACUUACUAAUCACAUUUCCACCCGUGAUUGGUAGUUUUUUUGGUUGGUUACAUGGCUGCUCGUCGAGAAAUGCUGGACUCAUCUACGGUUGUGUUUUGAAGAUGGCUAAGGAAAGAGCAGCAAAUGGUGGAGGUGCAAAGUACAUUGGAAGAGGGACGGCGGGAACUGCGGGCGGAGCCGGUACUCAAUACUUUGGAGAUAGCCAACAGCAACAUGUAAGAAAUGCUCAGUACUCAAACCCAUCCCACUCAAGAACAAACCAACACCAUCAUCAACAACAGCAGCAGCAGCAGCAGCAUUCGAGACAGCAAUAUCCGUACUAUCAGCAACAGCAGCCCCAAACUCGACCUCAACCUCAACAACAGUCGGGGUUUCUAUAA